AUGGAUAUCGUCGAAGCAGACAAUAGCGUUCCCGUCCGAAUGAAACCCUAUAAAACGUCGCCGACCGACCGACGUAAGAUAGCCGAAAUACUUCAAGAAUGGAAACAAGCAGGCAAGACGACCAACGCCGCCGCAGUAGUACGCGUCUUAGACAAGUUCUGUUCCGAACGAGGGAUACCGGAUCGAAUUAUUACAGAUCGAGGUACGUGUUUUACGGCCAACGCGUUCGGAAAAUUUUGUAGCGAUCGAGAAAUACGUCAUACACUGAACUCCACACGACACCCGCAGGCUAACGGGCAAGUGGAGAGGGCCAACCGUACAAUUGUCUCGUUACUUAGUGUCACGGCCACCGAACACAAUAAUUGGGACACGCAACUACGGUACGUCGAGAAUAUGUUGAACACGGCUCCGAACAAGUCAACGACAAAAACACCGUACGAGACGUUGCACGGUUACCUACCUCGUUUUCACAAGGGAAUACUACCUACGCUGAGCCUCACUCGAAAUAACUGGCGGGACCCACAGGAAAUUCAGACGGAGGCACGACGGAAUAUUAUCGACGCCCAUCGCGCAAUGAAGAUUUCCCACGACCGCAAGAGGGAUGAGGGCGAGGACGACAGUGAUGAGGGCAAGGACGACAGUGAUGAAGACGUCAAUGGUACUGCCAAUCCACCCAAAAACGACGAAAUCCACGCAGGCAACAACAGGGAAGGAAGGGCCGAUGGAAGGAUGGAAGGACCAUGA